AUGGAGACUCUUAGUGCUUCUACCGGCAGUUCCCAGUGCCUCUACAGACAGUUCCUUGUACUUCUACAGGCAGUUCCUCCUUUACUGACCCUUGUAAUUUUGUGUUACAGGGUGAGCGAGCGUGACGGCGGAUGGCUGGAACAGUUCACCUCACUUGGGUGGCGUCACAGUGAAGCCCUAAGAACCCUUAGGUCUCAGGGGCGCCAGGGGUCCAGGGAUGCGGCUCCUGAGACUCUCGCCUCCUUCAGGAAGAAGGAGUUUCGCCUCGGUAAAGCUGAGAUGGAGGGGCUGUACGUGGAGGUGCUGUACACGGUGUUCCACAAGGUAGGCGCUCAGCACCACUCGGAUAAGCGGGACAUAACGGAGGACCUGCCCAGGUAUGCUCAGGCGGCCUUCCACAUAGACCCCCAGGACCACGUCAGGCUACAGGCCGUCGCCCAGGAGGAGAAGCCUCCCAUCCUCGUUCUCAACCUGGUGGUGGAGGAGGCAGAAAACUUGGAGGCUAAGGACCCAAAUGGUUUCAGCGACCCCUACUGCAUGCUGGGGAUCCAGCCGGCCGUACAGACGGGGCUCCCAGGCUCCCCGAGGGACAUGUACAGCUUGGCACAGGGUUCCCCGCCUCCCGACUCACCUAGAGCAAGACAAGUUAGCCUGGGUUCCCGGAGCUCGGUAGAGACGGAGAGUGAGAAUGACCUUGAACGGAGCAGCAGCUGUGAGAGCCCGAAGGCGUUCAGCAAGGAAAGUCUACGUAAACACCACAGCAUGGCAAGGUUGAAUUUGGACUGUCUUAAGACUCCCGACGCUAAGCUGGAUAGUCCGAGAGAGAGGUUAAAGAAACGACCCAGUGAUAUAGAUGACAUCAGUUACGACACCCUCCACCUGGACAUCUGGGACCACGACGAUGAGUCUAGUGUGUUCGACGUGGUGAGUAAACUGAAUGAGGUGAAAGGCGUGAAGGGACUCGGGCGAUUCUUCAAGCAGAUAGCCCAGUCUGCCAGGGCUGGAGGCGGCCAAGAUGACUUUUUAGGCUGUGUCAACAUUCCCCUACAGGACAUUCCCAGCAUCGGUGUGGACAAGUGGUAUCCGCUGGAGGGUCGUUCACACCGCUCCAACAUACAAGGUCAAAUAAACCUGAAGAUGUGGCUCUCUACCCGCGAGGACAGAGGCACGUCGGAGGAUGAGGUGUGGGCGGAAGCUCGACAGCAUGACCAAAUUAUCACCAUAUUUCUUCGACACGAGCUGACCAAGUUCAAGGAGGACACAGUCUCCUGGGACGGGGAGCUGAGUGUUGUGGCGGAGACCAUCCCACACCAACACGCCAUCCAGGGGGACCUGACGCAGCUCCAGCAGGCCAUGUCGCUGGAUGGCCGUAUCUAGAGCCUAACCACCAAGCUUCUCGACCAUCGUGUCCUACACCGCCUUCUCGUGACCCUCCACGACCUUUGGGAAACCGAGACGCUUAGUCAGGAGGAGGAAGAGAUGCUGGGAGAAUCCUACACUGGGUUCCUGGAUCACAGCCUGGCGGAGGUGAGGCGCCACAGAGAGGUCUUCCCCACACCCUCCAAGACGCACGCCAUCCGCCUCGAAGCUCUUCUUAAGUGUCUGGCAGUGCUGGGAGACAGCAGGUCGUACUGGAAGGUGUGUCCUUCUAAGGAGGUGCGAGGCGAGGUGGUCACGGCGCUCAAGAAAGGGCCCGAGUGGUACGCCCAGGCUACCUUGAGGUACGACAGACAUAGAGAGUCUAGUUUGUCUACGGGCGGCGACACAGCACUCGAGUCUUUGGCCCGCCUCGCCCUCCACCUCACCCUCGACCUCCAGGCUGGCCUCGACUACUACGAACACGCCUUCUCUACAACGGCGCUCAAAGUCCACUACGUGUCACUCACCUACAAAAUCUUCGAAAAAUUGUUAUCAGACGACACACUCAAGGUGCUCACCGUCAUACAGGUGGACGAGGACAUCGAGCUGGUGUGGCAGAUGUGUUCCUUGUUACGAGACCUAGAACUGAACAAGGAAACUCCACAUUACUACCCACAUUGUUCCACAUCCUUCCUCCUCUACCUUGCCCUCGCCGAGUUCUCCAAGUUCCAGGAGCAGGUGUCGUCAGGUGAGCGUCGAUCCCUGGUGCUGGGGACGGUGUGGCGGCACUUUCUGCCCUCCGUCAGCCGCUGGGUCGACGUCACGGCCUACCGUGUCCUCUGUCGCAUCCGCACCGCCAUCCUCACCGACCGCGUCGCCAACACCGGCGAGCCCGUCCAGUACACCACGUCAGCGGUGGACACAACGUCAUGUUUUUACCACGUCAAGACCUUCUGGAGACAUCUGGCGUGGCCUGAUCCAUGCUCCUCGUAUUCUCUCGUCGUCAAGAUGAUUGAGACCAUGUCGGGAUCAGCGGACUACUACGUUCACCUUCUGCAGCAGCGACUCCACACCCUGGCCACCGACACGGCCGAACAGGAGCGAGCACAGCAACUCUGUAUCACCGUCAACAACAUGGAACAUGUCAGAUACUCCCUAACCCUUCUGCAGGAGGAACUACAGAUCGAGCAGUUAACACAGAUCCUGGACGCCCAAGACCCACGUAACGGCACCACCUACACCGACCACAUCAACGGCCUCCUGUUCGCCGCCCUGGACAACCUCAACUCCAAGAUCGCUGGCUCUAUGUCCCCUGUGGCUGAGAAGCUACGGUCGGAGUUGCAAAAGGACGUGUUCCACCUGGCGUGGUCGCCGGACUCCCUGCCGGCAGAGGAGGCAGUGCGGCCACUACUAGAGCGCCUCUACGCUUCCCUGGCGACCUACUCUGCAGCCCUCCUGAAGAACAACCUCGACCGACUGCUCCACCUCCUCUGGCUUGCCGUCCUCAGCGCCCUUAACGAACAGAUCGGCAAGGACACGGAAGAAAAGCAGGAAGCGUUCUUUGUGAGGCUGUACGAAGCCCUGGAGCUACUGCGAACCUUCUUCAACGCCCACGGCAGAGGUCUUGACGCUAACACACUCAUGGGGCCGAAGUACGCUGUCCUGGAGAGACAACUUAGGCUGCACAAGACGACGACGGAGGCACUGAUCGAGACCUACCACCUAGAGCGGCUGGUGGUGCAGGAGAGGACCGACCUGCAGGAGUAUGGCUCGCUCUUCGUCAGGGUGUACUUUAACCACGACUCUCUCUGUGUUGAGGUGUUACAGGCCAGGAACCUCAUCCCUCUGGACCCCAAUGGCUUUAGCGACCCGUUCGUGGUAAUUGAGAUGCUGCCUCGUCGUUUGUUCCCCGGGUCAGCCUCCCAGCAGACCAACGUACACAAGAAAACGCUCCACCCGCUCUUUGACGAGUGCUUUGAGUUUCCGGCCACGUUAGAGAGCUGUCAAUCAGAAGGGGCCAUGAUUCUGUUUACUGUGAUGGAUCAUGACGUCAUCACCUGCAACGACUUUGGGGGGGAGUCGUUCUUGUCGCUCAACACCAUCCCAGGGGUCGUGGCCUCCUCAACCUCCAUCGAUAACUUCCACGGCCUCAAGCCCAUCGAGCUCAACCUCAUGUUCCAAAAGGAUCCUGACAACAUCAUCCUGAAGGUGCUGGAGACAAGGACCAACGAGAAGAUGGCUAUGGAGUUUGUCAAGAAACAGAAGGAGAGGAUCGCCCGCUCGUCUUAGGGUCGAUGAUUCUAUGUUCACACGACCCAUUCUCUCCUCUGGUCGACCUGUCCUCUAGUCGACCAUUCCUCCGGCCCGUCUGUUCGCUGGUCGAUUCUGUCUCUGUUGAUCUCUGGCCAGAAUCUCGACUUAUCAAGUCGUCUGUUCGACCUACAUCCAGACGUUCGACCUACCUUUUGGAUGCCUUAUGGCACGACGCUCGACCUUAUUCACUCAAUCCUGUGUUUUGGUCGACCAACCCCCGGACGAGCGGCCAGCUAGCUGAUACACACCAAUCUUAAACAGUUGCCCAAUGUAUUUUGUGGGGGCCUCAGAACCUGUCGUGGUCUCCAUAUUGUUUGUCUCUUCCCUCAGCACCGU